AUGGAAAAACAGAGCAUUCAACUCCGACUUGCAACAAUGAUUUCCAUCCUUCUCUGCCUCUCCAUUUUCCUGCACCCGCAAAUCAUUAAUGCUGCCUCCGCAAUUCCACCUUAUAUUCCAACAGAGCAUAUCCUGCUGAAUUGUGGGUCGCCUUCAAAGCUAACCUCCGCCGAUGGCCAGAGCUGGGACGGGGAUGUGGGUACAAAGUAUUCCCCGGACAUUAAUAAGGCUAAUAUCUCAUUUCCAGCCACAGCAGCGGAGGAAGACCCUUCCAUCACCAGUCAAGUCCCUUACAUGACUGCCCGGAUCUUCCGUUCUCAAUUCUCCAACAGUUUCCCGGUCUCCCCUGGCCAGAAAAUCCUUCGCCUUUACUUUUACCCGGCCACAUACUCCGGCAGCAAUUUCUUAAAAACCCAAUCUUAUUUCUCUAUCACUGCCAAUCAGUAUUCGCUUCUCAGGAACUUCAGCGCGUAUGCCGCAGCCGACGCGCAGAAACCGGAAUCAGCCUCUCUUGUUAAAGAAUUCAUAGUCAGUGUCGGGCGAAUUCAACUUCUAAAUGUCACCUUCGUUCCAGCGGCAAACUCGUACGCUUACGUUAACGGAAUUGAGGUUGUGUCUAUCCCGCCUAAUUUAUAUAUGGGCAGCCACGACAAUAGUUACAAUCCACUCAAAUUUCUCAACGCCCAGAAUUCCUUCUACGAGUUAGAUAGUAACACCACAGCUUUCGAAACUCUUUACCGGCUGAACGUGGGAGGACCGGUCAUAUCCGCCGUGGAUGAUACAGGGAUGUUUCGUCAAUGGUUUCAGGAUGAUGACUUUGUAUUUGGUAAGAAUCAAGCUCUAGAUUAUACUUCACAAACUCCGAAUUAUACCGCGCCGUCACUGGUCUACUCCACGGCGAGGGCGAUGGGAAGGUUGCAUUUCUGCGAGUUUAUCCCUUAUUUAAUCAACGCCACGCAUCAAAGGGAGUUCACGAUCCUCAUCAAUAACCAGACAGCUGAACCAUGGGCCGAUAUAAUUCAGUGGACAGGUGACAAAGCAGAUCUGUUUCUUGCCUUGCGUCCUAACGUUGCCGACAGACCCAUUUUGGUGCCAAUUUUCAAGCCGCCGGAGCAGCAGAAGAGCAAGGGACAAAUCGAAAUGAUAGUCGGAGGAGUGGUUGGAGGAGGCGUCGUAAUUCUGGCACUCUACUUCCUACUGAUUUACAGGCGGCGGCGAGGAAUUAAGAUUGCUUCAAUCCAUUCCCGGUCAACAAAGCGUAAAGUACAAGAAGCUGAGAUUCAAUUGCAUGAUGAAUACAUACAUCAAUUAACAUCCUCCGAUGAAGUGCAAAACCAAAGAAGAGAAGAAGGUGGCUUAAAAAUUUUCAGUUUCAUCUCUAUCAUGGCUGCUACAAAUAACUUCUCAGAAGAAAACAAGCUUGGAGAAGGUGGUUUUGGUCCAGUAUACAGGGGGAGAUUACUCGAUGAUCGGGAGAUCGCAGUUAAAAGACUUUCGAGAACAUCAGUUCAAGGAUUGAUUGAGUUCAAAAAUGAACUGAUACUAAUAUCCAAGCUCCAGCACAGUAAUCUCGUACGAGUUUUAGGAUGUUGCAUCCAUGAAGAAGAGAAAAUGCUAAUCUAUGAGUACAUGCCUAACAAGAGCCUGGACUUCUUCCUUUUUGCUGAAGAUAAGAAGAACCAAUUAGAUUGGCAGAAGCGAUUCAAUAUCAUUGAAGGCAUCGCUCAGGGGCUCUUGUACCUCCACAAAUAUUCGAGAAUGCGAGUUAUACAUAGAGAUUUAAAAGCCAGUAACGUGUUAUUGGAUGGGUGCAUGAAACCCAAAAUUGCUGAUUUUGGUAUGGCUAGAAUUUUCAAUCCGAACGAGACUGAAUCUAUCACUAAUAGGAUUGUUGGGACAUAUGGUUACAUGUCUCCUGAAUAUGCCAUGCAAGGAACUUUUUCAAUCAAAUCCGAUGUUUUCAGUUUUGGGGUGUUAAUUCUCGAAAUUGUCAGCGGUCGGAAAAACUCCAGCUUUUACGAUUUCGAGGACCGUACACUAAACCUCAUAGGACAUGCAUGGGAGUUGUGGAAAGAAGGGUUGGCCUUACAAGUUAAAGAUCCUACAGUUGGUGAUUUGAGUUGUGACACAAAACAAAUCCUAAGAUCAAUUCAUGUUGGUCUUUUGUGUGUACAAGAAAGUGCAGCAGAUAGGCCAACAAUGCCAGAAGUUAUAUCAAUGCUGAAUAAUGAGAGCAUGACUGGACAUGUUGGAGUCAGUUUUAUCGUCAACGCUGCUACCACCAAUCAACCUUACACCCCUACGGAUCAUAUCCUACUCAAUUGUGGCUCGCCGUCAAAGCUUAGCGCCACAGAUGGCCAGAGCUGGGACGGUGAUGUCGGUACAAAGUUCUCGCCGGACAUCAAUAAGCCUAAUAUCUCAUUCCCAGCAACAGCAGGAGAGCAAGACCCUUCCAUCUCCAGCGAGGUCCCUUACAUUACUGCCCGGAUCUUCAAUUCUCAAUUCUCCUAUAGUUUCCCUGUCUCCCCGGGUCAAAAAAUCCUUCGCCUUUACUUUUACCCGGCCACAUACUCCGGCAGCAACUUCUUAAAAAACCAAUCUUUCUUCUCUGUCUCUGCCAAUCAGUAUUCGCUUCUCAGCAACUUCAGCGCGUAUCUCUCAGCACAGAAAUCGGCCUCUCUCGUCAAAGAAUUCAUCAUCAAUGUCGGGCAAAUUCAGCUUCUCAACGUCACCUUCGUGCCGGCGGCAAACUCGUACGCCUUCGUCAACGGAAUUGAAGUCGUUUCCAUCCCGGACAACUUCUAUAUGGGGAGCCAUGACAUCAACAAUAAUCCACUCAAAUUGGUCACCGCCCAAACCACCUUGUACGACUUUGAUCAAAACAGAACAGCCUUCGAAACUGUUUACAGGCUAAACAUUGGAGGGCAGGCAAUAUCGGCAGUGGAUGAUACAGGGAUGUUUCGUCAAUGGUUUCAGGAUGACGACUUCAUAUUUGGUGGGAACCCAGGUAAUUCUUUGAAUAAUGCCACCAUAACUCUUCAGUAUACUUCACAAACUCCGAAUUAUACGGCGCCGUCAUUGGUCUACACCACGGCGAGGGCGAUGGGAAGGUUGAGUGAUAAAUACAAUUUGACAUGGAUUUUCCCAGUGGAUUCCGGGUUCUAUUAUCUGCUGAGGUUGCAUUUCUGCGAGUUCAUGCCUAAUUUAAUCAACGCCACGGGUCAAAGGGUGUUCACGAUUGUCAUCAAUAACCGGACAGCUGAACAAUCCGCGGAUGUAAUAUGGUGGGCAGGUGGUACCGGAAUCCCUGUGUUCCGGGACUAUGCUGUGUUUGUUCCAAAUGCUUCCAACAGCCAGAGCAAACAGGACCUGUUUCUCGCUUUGCAUCCUGACUUUGAAGCCAACCCCAGGUACCGUGACGCAAUCUUAAACGGACUUGAGAUAUUCAAAUUGAACAGCACCGCCGGUAGCCUCGUCGGUCCCAAUCCUGAACUUUCCGUUUCCACGGUGCCAAAUUCCAACCCGCCAGAAAAGAAGAAGAGCAAGGGUGGUAAUAUGGGAAUGGUAGGCGGUGUUAUCGGAGGAGUUGUUGGAGUAGUCAAUUGUUUGAAAGACCAGGGGGUUGACCGGCCGGCGAUGAGUGACGUAGUUUGGAACUUGGAAUUUGCACUGCAGCUACAAGAAGCUGCUGAUAAAGAAGGCGAUCAACGUCCGAUAUUCGUGCCGUUUGUAUCGGAGGGAGGAGACGGAGACAGAACAACGUCCGAUGAAGAUAUGUUUACGUCAGAGGAAGUGAAUGGAGGUGUGGGUGGCGGCGGAGGCAAACUGAAGAAUCAAAGUAGUACAACCGAGAGUUUUUCAACGGAUGGUGUUAGUAUUGACAAAAUGAAGCCGGAAAGUGUUUUCUCUGAGAUCCUGAAUCCUAAAGGACGUUAA